UCCACUGCCAACACAUUUUCUAAAAACCACAACACUAAUUUCCAGAUGGGAUUCCCCGGCGCCAACACCACAACCGACCAUAGGAAUUUGUUCCUGUCGGACGAGCAGAUAGACGCGAUCCAGGCCAAGGAGGCAAAGGAGCGCGACCCUAUUCGGCAGAAACUCGGCAACCCUGUCAAGGCACCAGGACGGAUUCUCAGCUUUGCUAUUGCCGAUCAGACUGCUGUGCUUGCGCUGGCCAGUCACAAAGCAGCUGUAGCCAACUUGACGACCAAGGAAUGCCAGAAACAACAACAGGUCAAGCACACAGGUCCGGUGACUGCAGUGGCACUACUCAGCGAAAAAUACACUGUCGGCGGCUCGCGCAUUGCGCUCUCGGCGUCGUGGGAUAAGACCGUUAAGGUGUGGUGCGUGGACCAGCCAACCCGUGUCGUGGCAGUGCUUGCUGGCCAUGCUGACUUUGUCAAAUGCAUGGCUGCACACCCAACACUGCCUAUGGUGUACACUGGAUCGGCAGACAAAUCUGUUAUGAUAUGGAAACUACCUGAGACGCUGUUCACUGAUGCGGCUGCUGAGAGUCCGGUCGAGAUCAGUCCGUUUAAGACGAUCAAGGGCGACCACACUGGCCAGAUCUAUGCAAUUGCCCUCGAUAGCACAGGAUCUGUCUUGUAUUCGACGGGCUCAGACGCAUCGAUCCGCGCCUGGGAUGCCAGCACAGGCCAGGCAGCCAAAGUUGACAACGAGAUCUGGGAGAUCGAGCGUGGUCACCACAAAACCAACGUUUUUGACAUCAAGGUUUCCGAAAACAUGCUGUGGACGGCAUCGGCAGACAAGACUGCGGUCGGGUGGGAUAUGGACACACGGAAGCCCGAUAUAACCAUGCAGCACAAGGCAUUUGUCACGUCGGUGUUGCCAGUUAUGCAGGCCGGUGUGGUUAUCACUGGCACGCGUGGCGGCGACAUUUCCGUGUGGCGUGUGAGCGCCGGAGCACCGGAGCUCAUUCGUGAGAUCCACGCACACAGCGACGAUGUCGUGUGCUUGCGGCAGCAGGGCCGUCUGUUCUACUCGUCAAGUCUGGACGAGACCUUGCGGGUGUGGGAUAUCAAGGAAGUGAUUGAUUUCAAGGGCGGCAUGAGCUAUGUGCCGCCUGAGCUAGCCGCGCUAAGGCAGCAGCAAAAGAAGGCGGCAGAGACAAUGCUCACGGAGGAUGAGGAGCGCGAGCUUGCCGAGCUCAUGGACGGCCUAGAUGAGUUGUAGCCCCUCCACAAGCAAAAGCUUAAAUAAACCAUACACGGAAUACGCUACCUGGC